AUGGCAGAAAACCAACGGCCAGUUGGGCUCCUCUUUGAUAUUGGAGGGGUUUGUGUUGUGUCGCCUUUUCAAGCUAUCCUUGAUUACGAAAUCGCGCAAAACAUACCCCCAGGAUGGGUAAACUUCAGCAUCUCCCGCACCUCUCCUCAUGGUAGCUGGCACAGGCUGGAGCGGGGAGAUAUCAAGAUGGAUGCGAACUUCUUCGCCGAGUUCAAUAAAGAUCUACGGGACCCCGAGCUAUGGAAGCAGUUCAACGAGAGUCUUCAAAAGAAGAAUCCGGCCAAAGAAUUCGCGUCAAACCCACCCCUCCCUGAGAUAGACGCAGAGUGGCUGUUCUGGGAGAUGAUGAGAAUAUCUAGAACACCCGAUCGCUUCAUGUGGCCUGCGCUCAAGAAGUUGAAGGAGUCUGGCAAGUUUAUUUUGGGAGCACUGUCAAAUACAGUCAUCUUUCCGGACGGGCACCAGUAUAAUGAUGAUAUUCUCGGGCGCAAGGCAUUGUUCGACUUUUUCAUCUCAUCUGCGCACACUGGUCUUCGGAAACCAGAUCCGAAGAUAUAUCAGGUUGCGCUGGAGGAGAUGAAUGCGGCAGCCAAAAGAAAAGGACUGAAACCUGUGCGCGCGUCCGAUGUGGUUUUCCUGGACGACAUUGGCCAGAAUCUUAAACCAGCGAAGGCCAUUGGGAUGAGGACGAUCAAGGUCAACCUUGGGCACAUAGGAGAUGCAGUCAAGGAGCUGGAAAAGGUCACUGGGCUUGGUCUCUUGGAUGAACAAGACAAGGCCAAACUAUAG